AUGGAUUCGAGCCCAACUUCUCUGCUCUUAUUCCCUUCACAUGAACUCAUGAAUGCUCACGGAAAAGACUCAUACCCUACAACCAGUUUCAUCUUCGACUCUUCGUACCUACGCAAUCAAUCUUCCAUUCCUCGCCAGUUCAUCUGGCCACAUAGAGAUAGUUCGAGCAAGGUGAAUGAGCUUGAAGCACCCGUCAUCGAUCUCAAGGGAUUCUUCCAUGGUGACGAAGCAUCCACAAAGGUAGCUGCCGAACUCGUUUGUUCUGCUUGUACUGAGCACGGCUUCUUCCAAAUCACCAACCAUGGCGUCCACUCGUCUCUCAUUCACAACGCCUUGAGUUGCAUUGACGAGUUCUUUAAUCUCCCACUGCAGCACAAGCUGAAGGCAGGCAGAAAGCCUCAAAGCAUGUGGGGCUACGCCGGUGCCCACACCGACCGCUUCACCACACAGCUCCCAUGGAAGGAGACCCUUUCCUUCGGCUACGAUAGCGCUGAAUCACACUCCUCCAUUGUCCUUGACUACUUCACAUCCACCCUGGGGAAUAGUUACAAGAGAAUGGGAAUGGUGUAUCAGAGAUACAGCGAAGCGAUGACAAAGCUCUCUCUUUCGGUCAUGGAGCUUCUAGCGAUAAGCUUGGGGGUGGAUCGAUCUUACUAUCGUGAGUUCUUCGCAGACAGCAGCUCA